AUGAACAAAAUUUACCACUUCGAGAAUGUAUCUGCACUGGAGCAGACCGAGGAGGCAGAACUGGAAGCACCCAUCAGUACAGGGUCUGGGAAAGGUCAUGGGCCGAUUGAUGCCACUGUUCCAGCAGGCGAGGAGAAGAUUUUACAGGAACCUCAGGAACUACGACUGGUUUUGGGAAUAGACUAUGGCACGACAUUCAGUGGUGCAGAAUGCUCUCUCGAGGAAAUCGAUGUAAUUGAGCAAUGGGGUCCGCAGAUGGACAACGAGGAGAAGGUUCCAAGCGUGAUCUCUUACUCGCGUUCAAGUCAGGCCGGGGAGCAGCAAUGGGGUAAGAGUCUGAGCGCAGAUGCAGUGACAAUGAUUCACACUAAGUUGGAGCUUGGCGUGGAAGAUCUAUUAGGGGAACUUGACAUGACUUUACAGGUUCUGGACGGCAUGAAGAAUCUGAACUUUGACGAGAUGAUGUUGAGCAAAGGCCAGAACGACCUACCGCCGUAUUCUCACAAGAGCCCGGAGGAGAUUGUGACAGACUACCUCGAGAAAUUGUUUGCUUACGUGCAAAUGGAAGUGCGAGUAGACGAGAAUAACGUGUUCGCCAAACACACAACGACGGAUAUUGUUGUCACAAUACCCACAAAGUGGUCUUAUAUGGCUAUGAACUCCACAUACAGAGCUCUCACGAAAGCUGGGUUUAAUAAGGACAACUUUCCAAAGCUGAGGCCAAUCAUGUUUGUGACAGAGCCCGAGGCAGCUGCGCUUUACACUGCGCGGUGGUAUCGUGACGAAAAAGAAGAAGAAUUCCUCCAAAGCCUAAUUACUAUACCAGGCAGUCGCUGCGGAUCCAUUUUCAUCAACCUUGAGUUCAAAAAGUGGCUGAGAAUGCUGCUUGGAGAGGAGGAAUAUCUAAAGCUCGACCCAAAUCUGGACAUCGACAAAAACGCAAAUCACGCCUCCGAAACUCCCGCCAUGAGAGAACUCAUGCAAGCGUUUGACGAUGUCAAGAAGCAGUUUGCAUUCUCAACACCUGAUGUUCGAUUCAGCCUACGAGGGGAGUUGGAGAACCUUGACAUUUUUGGUAAAGUAAACAAGGGCCUAAUUACCAUUCCACAAUCGACAAUGCGAGGCUUUUUCGACUCCUGCAUCAAACAGAUAGUUGAGCUCAUCUGGGAACAUGUUGAUCGCAUCGAAGAAAGAGGCAGUCGUCCAAAGCACUUGUUUCUUGUGGGUGGUUUUGGGGCGUCUGAGUACCUAAAACAUCGCCUCAAGGAGACGAUCACCGAGGAAGAGAUGCAGAUGAGCUACCGACAGCCGAAGGAGUCCUGGACAGCAGUGGUUCGAGGAGCAGUGGUGUGUGGUAUCGAGAAAGAUGCGAUACCGAACUUGAGAAGGACCGAUGUUUGCCGACACAACUACGCGGUUUGCUUCGACCAACUCUACUCAAAUACGUUCCACGUAGAAAAGGAUAUGACCCAGAUCCAUGGAGCCACGUACGCGCAAUCUCAACUCACAUGGCUACUCAAUAAGGGUGACCUAGUCCUGUCGGAUCAGCCGCGUAAAGAGGAGGUGUCAUUUCAGCUUACACUUAGGGAUCUGAGUGCUGGCAAGACGCAGUUGGAGAUCUUCAGAAACUCCGAUGAUGAAGAUCAGCGGCCUCGACGUUACCAGAAUGCCAAGGAAGGUCGGUCGAUCCGCUUAGACCUCCAUGUCAUUGGUCACUAA